AUGGAUGCUUUUAUUCGUCAGGCAGAUGCAGUAGCAGAGUUCGAAUCUGACUACAAUUCCAUGCAGCCAUCAGAACACUCAAAGCACUCCUUAGCUUUUCAAAAAGAGGAAUUGAAGGCUCUAUGGGAAAAGGUGAAGGGGUCCUAUGAUGAACUCUGCGCUUCAAAAGAGCUCGAUAGUAAAGACCUGACUUCAAUAAAAAAGAAAUACAAAAGCACAUACUUCAGUUUUUUGCGGUGCCAAGCAGCAAUGGCUGAACUUUUAGAGCAAACACUUUUUGCAAAGACUGAAAAAGAAAGUGAGUAUAUGUCUAGUCGCGAGCUCAAUAUUCAUCUGCCUCCGUGUGACACGGAUAUAUUUAAAGGGGAUUACCUUUCAUGGCCAUCAUUUAGGGAUAUGUUUACGGCCAUAUAUAUCCUUAAUAAGCGCCUUACCCCUGUUGAGAAGCUGUACCAUCUCAGGCAAAAAACGCAAGGGGAGGCCAAAGAAAUUGUACAAAGAUGUCAGUUGACCAAUGAUGGUUUUCAAACCGCAUGGAAAAAUCUAUGCGACAGAUACGAAAACAAACGGAUCCUAGUCAAUAGUCAAUUGAGGAUUUUAUUUAAUUUGAAAGCAGUUGAGAGUGAAUGCGGUAGCUCCAUUAAGAAGCUGCAACGUGAUAUCAACAACUGCAUCUCGGCGCUUCAAUGUCACCAGAUUGACGUUUCCAGCUGGGAUGCGAUAUUCACGUAUCUGUGCUCCACAAAACUGCCAGAACAUAUACUGGCACUAUGGGAGCAAACCAUAGAGAAAAGAACGGAAGUAUCAAAGUGGGAGGACAUGGAUAAUUUCUUAUCAAGUAGGUUUCAGACCCUGGAGACAGUAAAAGGCAUUAGGGAGAGCAAGCCAAAUAAAGCCCCUAAGCCACAAAACAUACAUCAGUCUUCAGAAUGGACUCCAAAAAGGCUUGGCGCCUUCCAAGCCAGCGUGGAAAAACCCACAUGCAAAAUGUGCCAUAGCCAUGAGCACAGGCUAAAAAGGUGUGACAAAUUUCACAAUCUUACUCCACUAAAGCGACUCGAAUUUAUUAAGAGCAUCCACAGUUGCUUGAAUUGCUUGUCAGCCGGACAUACAGUCACGAAAUGUACCAGUCCGUUUAAUUGCAGUACGUGUCAUUCAAGACAUCACACGUUGCUGCAUAUGCAAGCAACUCAGCCAAAAGCAACAGCUCUUAGUGCACCUACAAGUCCGUCCUACGAUAUAGCCUCUACUUCUGAGCAAGCAAAAAGGCGGGAAGCUGCGAAAAAGAAUAAAACAGUUAAUAAAGUUAAUUCAUGUCAUGCAAACUCAAAUAAAGGAGUACUAUUAGGAACGGCAUGGGUCAACAUUCAUCAUAAUGGUGUAAAUUAUUCAGCGAGAGCGCUCAUUGAUUCUGGUUCUGAGUGUUCUUUCAUAACCGAAAGACUCAAACGAAGAAUCAACCUGCCAUCGAAACCCUUGCAUGCCCAAGUUUCGGGCAUCAAUAAUUCAAUAUCUGCGCAGGUAAAAGAAGCGUGUGCUAUUCAUUUGCGAUCUCCUACGGAUCCGUUAAUCAAUAUAAACACGACCGUAUUAGUUUUGCAACAAUUGACAGGGGAUUUGCCGACUUGCCAAGUAAGCGCAAUGACGCGGCAAGCAUUCCCAGACUUGAUGUUGGCGGACAAGAGAUUCUUCGUCAACGAGCCCGUUGACCUCGUCUUAGGCGGAGACGUCUACCCCCAAAUCAUUUUAGGCGGGUUAAAGAAGAACAUCCUAAAUACACUUCUCGCACAAGAAACCGUGUUCGGUUGGAUAGUGACCGGUAAAGCGGAAUCAUCGAAUACAACCAAUAAAAGAGUAUCAUUUUUUAAUGAAGUUACUGUGGAUAAACAGUUAACGGCCUUCUGGGAGCUAGAAGAUAUCCCCAAGAAAAGAAGUAUGAAUGCCGAUGACAUAUAUUUUGAAAGGCUUUUCAAAGCAACGACAAAGCGAAAUGAUGGUGGGAAGUACAUUGUCUCCUUACCCUUCAGGCAAGAUUUUCCAAAUAAUGUUUGUCUAGGACCAUCACUAAAAAGCGCUUGCUCUCAGUUCUACCGGAGCGAGACGCGAUUAGCAAAAAAACCUGUUCUUCAAAGAGAGUACAACCGGGUUUUAUGUGAAUAUGAAACAUUGGGCCACAUGUCAAAGAUUUCAACUACCGUAUCACCAGAGUCAACCGACUGUUAUUUCCUACCACAUCAUGCUGUGUUAAAAGAGGAGAGUACCACAACAAAGGUCAGAGUGGUAUUUAAUGCAUCAUGCCCAACCGCCAACG